UAUGGAUAUGGUGCAAGAAAUUUCCCAGAAUGCUCUAAUAUACUUAAUGUAAUGAGUGUUCUAAUAUUUUUAAUUCAGAAAAGAUUAAAACAGUGACAGUAAAGACUAUUACAAUACAUUGUUUUUUGUUUUAAAUAAAUCUUGUUCUUUUUAUUCAUCAAAGAUACCAGAAACAAAAUUAUCACACUGUCCACAAAAAAUGAAAAUGUAACAAAUAUUGACAAAUAUUUCAACAUUAGUAAUAAUAAGAAAUAUUUCUUGAGUAUCAAAUCCACAACAAAUGAUUUCCGAAUGAUCACACUGAAUGACAUUUUGAAAAUUACAUUUUCAAAUACAUUAAAAUAGAAAACAAUAAUAAAUUGUACAAAUAUUUCAUGGUUUUCUUGUUUUACUGUAUUUUUGAUCAAAUAAAUGGCAUGGUGAACAUAAGAAACAUCUUCAAAAAACAUAAGAAUGUAAUGUAUGUAUACUGCACAGUAUUUUCAUACAUAAUAAGUGAAAUCGCAUAAUUUUCAACAAUACGUUUCAAACAAUAGUAACUGUUAUCACAAAACUACUAUAAGUCUAACUAUAAGUCACAUAACCUCAUCACAAGUUAUUUCUUUAAUAAAAAAGAUUCCAAAAAUCACAUUUCCUUCAGAUUUUGCAUGGAAAUGUCUACAAAUUUGGCACUUCAAAUAUUGUAAACAAAUUUUUUCAUAAAUUUUGAUCAAAUGUCGACUUGAAACGUAUGUUUAAAAUUAUGCAAGUAUUACUUCAUCACACUGGAAAAGUCAAAAGUUGAGUGCACUGAAUUGUGGGAUACAUUAUUCCACACAGUGUAUUGUGUAGUGCGCAGCAGCAAUAACAAGUAUGCCAUUCCAAAUGAUUUUUUUGCGCAAUGAAACAAUGUUACAUAAACAAGACUUGUUGACUUCUAAGUGUGGUUUAUAUGCAUGUUUACAAUCAGAAAGAAUCCUGCUGAUAUUGUGCUUCUGAAAAAUGUGUUUGUGUUUUUGGGUGUGUUUUUGGUUUAAGCCACUGUCAUUCUCUCGCCCACUUAUGCCUCGUAUUGAAUGUGGCGGCUUUGCUUGUUUUAGUCUUUGGAUGGAGUUGUCCUAAACAAAAGUAGAUUUUAUAACUUCAGCUAUUGUUGAAGUGUUACAAACAUUUACCUUAGCGAUAAGCAGUAAUUUCAGGUCUACCACGAGGGCCACAUUCGCCUCAGGGACUUUAUUGCAGUUUUUGAAUGGUCAAGCUGAGCAGACUGGUCCGAUAACAAUAAUGCCAGAGUAGUCAUAGCAACAAUGAUCCCGUUAAAUGUGAACAUGAUACAGUGGACUGAACCUGAACAAUGACCCUUAAAACAAACUAGAAUGAAGCAGUGCUCAGUUGCGUGCUGUACGUGACUGAUUAUAAGCCGUAAGCGUUUCCUCCUUUGGCUUGUGAGCUUUACCUUUCAAACUUGUAAAUGAAGUGAAAGGUUCAAAAGCGUGCGCGUCUUGCUUGCCAGAUUUUGUGUUGACGUGCUGUUAUGCAUGUUAGUUAUUUCAGCAUGGCAGUGGUUUGUCUGGUACGCUAGCAACUGGGUGGGUUCGAGUCCCAGGAACACAAAUGUGUCAAGUUGUGUAGUAUUUGUGAAUCUUGUAAUACUUUUUAUAAUCUAAUCCACAAAUAGGUUCACAGACUCUCAUGAAACCUCAAAAACAGCCCUGACCCUGAUACCUAUCGUGACUGGAAGUCAGCCACUGUUUGCUCGGGCGAAAAGAUUGACGUUCUCUUUGGUCGUGUUUAUGACGAUGGGGGCCACACGUGCCCCUCAGACUCAUGCUGGGAUUUAACAUGCACUUCAUCUUGAGUGUCAGUGGGGCUCUGAACUGGGUCAGUGUGUCAGCAGAUGCUCAGGACUAUGAGGUUUUGCUUGUUAGCAGCAGUCGACAUCCAGAUCAGUGGAUUGUUCCAGGAGGAGGGAUGGAGCCAGAAGAGGAGCCUGGAGGAGCUGCGGUUCGAGAGGUCUAUGAGGAGGCUGGUGUGAGGGGCACCCUUGGCAGGCUACUUGGGGUGUUUGAGCAGAACCAGGACAGCAAGCAUCGGACCUACGUGUAUGUGCUUACUGUUACAGAGACACUGGAAGACUGGGAGGACUCAGUCAAUAUUGGUCGGAAGCGGAAAUGGUUCAAGAUCGAUGAGGCGAUCCGGGUGCUGCAGUGCCACAAACCUGUCCACGCGGAGUAUCUCCGCAAACUCACUCCUCGUUGCGGCCCCACGAACGGCAACGCUCAGGAGCCGGCGAACACGGAUGACAACGCCCCCCUCCGCCAGACAGCCUCACAUGACUGUGGACUGCCCCAUUUGCACAGAUAGAACUGUCUAUAGAGGGCUUUGAUGCAAGGGAAACUAUCCUUGGACUGGAAAAGACAGUUUUGCAUGUAUAAUUUCAAUGUUUACUAUUCGAACCUUUUUUUUGUAAGUGUAGAAACCAAAGGCUUGUUGUGAAAUGCCUGCAAGUUUCCGGGUCAAUAUGAACAAGGAGAGUUAUUUUCAUAACUUUUCAUUUAUAAACGUGCAUUUCAAGCCAAACAAGGUAAUGUUAUUUGAAGAAGGUGAUGUUAGGUAUUAAGCGAAGAUUAAUGGAAAUGCUUGCCGUGAUGGACAGUUUGGAAAUAUUAUUUACAGAUGGCUUUUGGUGGAGGAAGACAAUGAUGGAUGUAGCAAGGUUUGAUUGUUUUUAGAAAAGGAUAGCUAGGGUGGUGUUUUGAAAUGCUGUCUAUUUAUAUCUAAUAGAUAACUAGGCAUAUUUGUUAGGGACUGGGUAUAUAAAAAAUCUUGAUAAAGAACCAAAUAAUAAAAAAAAAAAUCAAAUCAUUAAUUAAAGAAUAUGUAAAUAGUCUAAAAGAAGAUUUUGGCUGCUUCUGAGUAUAUUAGAUGCCUUCAUCACAGAAAUCUACCUGUAAUAUAGGUUUAACAUGCUGUGAAGUUGAAGGUUUUUUUUCACAGUUUGGUCUUAAAUGUGAAUUUGCCACAUUAAAUGGUGCAAUCUGAUCGCCCUUCUUUCUUUUUGCACUUGAAAGUUUAAUCUCCUGUAAGACGGAAUAACUACUUUUAAGCCAGAUGGCAUUUUACUAAAAUGUGAACAAAGAAAUAAAUAUGCUCCUGGUGUCAUUGGUCCAUGAAAGACUAUGAAAUGUUAUGCUGUUUAUAUUGCCUGAAGUGAUAUUCUGAAUAUUUCAGAAAAAAAAAGAAGGCAAAACGCCCAACGGUAACCUUAACCUAUCUUGUCAAACCAGUGUUUUCAGAAAUGCAAUAUACAUUGUGCGUAUACUAACAAUUCACGCAUCAGUAACUCGUUCUUUAAAUAGCUAAGGAGGAUUUUUAAUUUAGCAUAUUGUUUUGUUCUACUGGGGCCUUUGCAAUCUUCCAUAAUGAUUUUUUUUU